UCGGAGGAGGGCGGAGUGUGUUUGCGAGGACACCGAGCCAAAAUUAUUAUUUUUUAAAAUUAAUUCUAUAUUUUCUACAGAGCAGGAGACGGAAAUCCGUUUCGAAGUCCGCAUGGAUUGGAUGUGUUUAUCUGAAAUCUGAUCUAAAGAAAGCGACGAAGCGACAGGAUAGUGUUCCAACAUCACACACAACAUAAGAUAGCAACGAGACAAAUGUAAACGGUGUGUUAAGGAAAAACAACAACAACAACAACAAACAAACAAACAAACAAACAAAACCCCCCAACAAAACAGGAAGCAGGAGUCAGGUGGGAGUAAAGCCUCUACAGGUGCACGAGAAGAAAAAAAAAAAAAAAAACCGAGGAUGCUGUGAAGGGUGACUAGAGAUCGGUGAAGAUCAGACGGUGAAGCUCGCGCAGGUUUAAAGGAUAUGGCGGUGAUCAGACUGUCGCUGCUGCUGCAGGUGGGCUUCGUUGUGGGCGCGCACUGCUCGGCUCUCACACCGAGAACGGACGAGCAUCAGCAGCUUCAUCAGCAUCAGCAUCAGCAUCAGCAGUUGCCGAGGGUCGUGGCUGCGUUUCUGCACACGGGCGACCCGUCUGCGCUCGAGCGCGCCAACUGCACCGGGAGGUACGAGCUGAGCGCGCUGCGGGCCGGGACGCGCGUGCACCCGCACCCCGCCGCCCGCCCCGCGCUACACGCUCUCACGUUCGCCGCCGGCUUCCUCCGGAUGCUGCUGAGGGAGCGGGAGCGCGAGCGGAACCUCGUGCGCGACCUGGAGUGCUGCCGCGCGCUCGUGCGUAGCGUCGUGGACGGCGACGCCAGGAUCCACCGCGCCGCCGUCGUGCUCGACGCGUCCGCGUUCUCCGGCUCCGCGGCUCAAUGGCCGCGCGUCUUCCUCCAGGCAACGCGCCGCGGCGGAGAGAUCGUGCUGCAGGACCUGUCCGCGUCGGCUCGCGACUUCUUCCGAAACGAGACCGCCGACACCGAGUGGUAUCACGCGCACAGACGCAAGACGCGACACGGGGACGAGGGUCACGUGGCCGAGAGCACGCACGUGAAGUGGUCGGCUCCGUUCCUGGAGUGCGAGGCCGGGAGUUUUGUCCCUCGGUGGCUCCUGACCUUGUCGACCGGCUUUCACGGGAUGAAGCCGAACCUGACGCCCGACUUCAGGGGAGUUGUUCGUUUGGAUAUCAGCCUGCAGGAUGUGGAUAUCGACCAGUGUUCCACCGACGGCUGGUUCGCAGGAACUCACAGGUGCAAUCUGACCAGCAUGGAGUGUCUCCCCAUCCCGGGUCACGGCUUCGUCCUGGACAAAUACAAAUGCCAGUGCAAGAAGGGCUUCUACCACCCCAGCAGAGUCGCCAUCAACGGCGUCAAGAGGAAGGCUGUGAGCACGCAGGACCCUGCCGGUUCCAGCCUGUGUUUGCCCUGUCAGGACGGCUGUGGACACUGUAAGGACGAUACGCCGUGUGUGGCUCAUGGCGAAGGAUAUCUACGUAUCGCCGUGCUGGCCUUCCAAGGCAUCUGCAUGCUCCUGGACUUCAUCAGCAUGGUGCUGCUUUACCACUUCCGCAGGAACAAGAGCAUCAGGGCUUCGGGUCUGGUUCUGCUGGAAGCCAUCUUGUUUGGAGCGCUCCUUCUGUACUUCCCUGGGGUGGUUCUGUACUUCCAGCCCAGUGUGUUUCGCUGCAUCCUGCUAAGAUGGGUGCGCAUGCUCGGCUUCGCCACCGUGUAUGGGACCAUCACGCUCAAAUUAUACAGGGUUCUGAAGGUGUUCCUGUCUCGCACGGCUCAGCGGAUCCCGUACAUGACCAGCUGGAAGGUUCUGUGCUUCUUGUGCAUCAUUCUCCUGAUUGUGCUCUGGUUCCUGGUGGCGUGGACUUUGGCCGUGUGCCAGAACCCAGACUGGCACUUGGCGCUGAUCACCAUGGGCUUCACCCAAGAGGGUCUGCAGUUCAGUAUGUGUCUGCUGGACCGCUGGGAUUACAUGAUGGCAGUGGCUGAGUUCCUGUUCCUGCUGUGGAGUGUGUAUCUGUGUUAUGCCGUGAGGACAGUGCCUUCAGCCUUCCACGAGCCACGCUACAUGACCAUCGCAGUGCACAACGAGCUCAUCAUCUCCGCUAUAUUCCACGUGAUUAGAUUUACUUUUGCAUCCGAGCUGCACCCUGAUUGGAUGCUUAUGCUGUUCUUCACUCACACUCAUUUGACAGUGACAGUUACACUGGGGCUCUUACUCGUUCCAAAGUUUCUGUUUGCGGGGACACACCUGAGGGAUGACAUAGCGACCGAGGCCUAUGAGGAUGAGCUGGACAUGGGACGGUCAGGGUCAUACCUGAACAGCAGCAUCACAUCUGCAUGGAGUGAACACAGUCUAGACCCAGAGGACAUACGGGAGGAGCUGAAAAAGUUAUACUCCCAGUUGGAGAUCUACAAACGGAAGAAGAUGUUGGCCAACAACCCUCACCUGCAAAAGAAACGCAGCUCCAAAAAAGGCCUAGGACGCUCCCUCAUGAGACGCAUCACUGAGAUCCCAGAAACUAUGGGUCGCCAGCAUAGCCGCGAGGACAAGGAGCUGGGCGAGCAUGGUAGUAACCGUAACAGCAUCUGCGUCCUGAGGAAGAAUCCCUUUGAGCCAUCACAUUCUGCAAAACCUGCCAAGGAGGAGUCCCUGAAGAACAAGGUCUUCUCCCUGAAGAAGUCACACAGCAGCUACGAUCAUGUGCGAGACCAGAGCGAGGACUCUAGCAGCUCAGCAACUGAUAAGAUUGAAGUAUCAACCACAGAGGGAUCUCUUCUUGAAACAUUGAUGGGUAAGAAGCUGGUGAAGAAAAAGUCCUCAGAAAAGAUUGACGUUGCCAGCGAGUCAACUGAGUCGGUUCCUUUGGUGUGUAAAUCAGCCAGCGCUCACAAUCUGACGGCUGACAAGAAACCUCUUCACCCAAGGACAUCCAUGUUGCAGAAGUCACUCAGUGUCAUUGCCAGUGCCAAAGAGAGGACCCUGGGUCUAACGGGAAAGACCCAGUCUGUAGAGGAUCCCAAUAAAAAUGUACAACAAAAGAACAAAGAAGCUAAAAGCCCUGUUGAAAAUGAAGAAGGCUAUACCAAGAUGAUCAUCAGCCAGUCAGUAGAAUACAAGCAGACAGCUGGCAAAGCUGGAAUAAUGAAACAUCAGGUUAGUGAAAGCCAACUGUCCAUCUGCUCUGAGACAGCGAAAGGCAAAGACGUUUACAAUAUUUCUGAGGUGUGUCCUUGGGAAUUAGAGGAUUUGCCCACUCCCUCAGAGAACAGGGUACAAAAGCAUGUGUCCAUUGCUGCUGAAGAGUCCACCACAAUCCACUCCAACAGCACCAAGGCAGCCAAGCAGCAGAAACAGAAAGGCACAGAUCAUUCACCUUCAUCGAACCGACGACACAACCAGAAGCCCAUGGACAGAACUGAUAUCUGUUCUUGGGAGGACAGUAGUAAAGAAAGCCAAGGUCAAGCAGACAGGCCAAAACCACACUUCUCCAGUCAACCUGCCCAGUCUCAAAUACUACAGACUACAGACAGAAUCAAAUCACAAAAAGUGGAUGUAUGUCCAUGGGACUUUGAUGAAUUGCCAAAAAAAUCUAUAGACUCAACCUACUCCAUUGAUCAGGGCAGAACCAAAACUACAUCUGCAGAGGUCAAAACCAAAUCAAGUACAGCGGUCAUGGACGUCAAAGGCAAGGGCGCUAUCCUAACUGAGGGAAACGCAAAAGAUAUUCUUCCUGAGGCCUCAAGAUCUUCAGGAAUCUCUCUGCAGACAUCUUCGAAGGCAGACGUCUGUCCAUGGGAGUACGAAUCAACAAGCCCCACCUUGGAAAAGAUUCCCAGUCCCUCUCAGGUUUCUAAAAUGAAAGAGACUGCUGCUACUAAGAAGGGUACAGCCCCUAUGAGAACAUUCCAGAAAGAGAAAGACAAGACAAAGGGUACGGAAGACGAGAAAGCCAGAACAAAGUCAAAAGACAAGCCUCCUUCAGGUAAACCAACAGAGAGACCGCUCAGCCAACCCAAACUGGCUGAGAUUUGUCCUUGGGAUGUGGACAGUACUCAUGACACGGCUGCGGUGGAAAAACAGAAAAGUCCAAACACGGCAAUAGGGAAAACCAAGCAAGCUGCUAUAUGUCCAUGGGAUUUCGAAGAUCCAGCAACGACUAAAGAAGUGACCAGAAACACUGGUUCCUCUAUAGUGAAACAGAAAAGUCCAAAUUCGAAAGGAGUUCCUGGCGGUGCCAAAAUGGCAGAUGUAUGCCCUUGGGACUUUGAUGACCAAACGUCAACGAAAAAAGCGUGACAUUUGAUCAAUACGGACGACUGAAAACGUAGUUCCCAUCGUACAUGCAUUGCCAUCUUCUAAAACCCUGGAAUACGAACUCUAGAUAUCAUUUAUGGUGACUUCUGGGAAUAAAAUUAAGUCGCACAAGCUGCCUUUCUUUACGAUAUUUUUUUUUCCUUUGUGCUUUUUGAAAAAAAAAAAAGGAAGAAACUAAAACAAAACAAAACAAAAAAAAUGCAACAAAAUCAUCAAGCAUUCCAGGUUCUUACAAAAAGUACUCUUUAAUCACACAAACAGUAGUAUGAGAAUUAUGCAACUCUUUAUGUGCAAUGUAGAACAACCUGCCUUUCCUCAUCACAUAUAUCCUUAUUUAUUAAUCUGAAUUUUCUUAAUCCCAUUAUAGCUGCAUCUGUAGCAUGGUCAUUUCGACUAUGUCAAUCAUAUGGGAUUGUACAAUUAAUUACACGUUCCUGCAAAAUCAGAGCGCCUGGAAAUAAUCUAUGUAUUUUAACAAUACUCAGAAGGAGCAUGCAUGAAUUGUCUUAGGAUAAGCAUGAUCUUUGGUGUUUUAUGUCAAAGUUGGCUUGGAAGUGACGUUUAAAGAAAUUGCCAAAGACGGAAGUGACGUACGAAGGUAUUGUGUGAGUAAUACACAAGAGUACUCCGAUGCAUAUCAAAUGCGAAUCUCCUUACAUUUCUGUUGUGAACCCAAUUCACGUUGUUGCUUGUGGGGAAAUUAGCCUGUAGCACUUUAGUAACUAGUAUAUUCUCUGACAACAACAACAACAAAAAAAGAGGUGUGUAUACGGACAUACCGUCACUGCGUUCAUGUUAAACAAACCAUUUGUGUUUAUUUACCGAGUCGUCUUCACACGGAACGUGUACGUGACUUUCUGACACACGUCGUCCGCUAUAGUUUUAAUAUUCCUUUCGGUCGAAACGCCCUUUCGAUGCUUCCGAAUCUGCUGGUAUGAAUGUGCCUAUCUGAGGAGUCUUGUAUCAGUCCUAUGUUAUAUUAAGGGAACGGACAGCUAUCCUAUCCUGUCCUGCGUUUACCCGCGUGUAUGCUGAGUCAUAACUGACGAAAAUGGAAAUGCAGUCGGUUUCACUGGAAUUAUUGGCACCCUUCUGGAAUCAAUGUGUAUCGAUGUAGAACUUAAAGCCUUACAAGCGGCGUUCAUAUUAGCAGGUGACAAAAAGUCAACUGUUUAUUAUAUAUUUUACGUACGUGUCCGACAGGGAGACAAAGCGACAGGCAACAUCUUGUCAACUAUAUGCACAUUAGGUAUGAUGAGCUAAAGUGACCAAUCCAAACAAAUGAGACCAAUCCGAUGGCGCAUGUGGUACGAAGUUUCUUCAAAACCGCACUCAAACUUUAGUUCCUGUCUGUAAUUAGUCCCCAUUUAUUGUUUGAAAUUGACCGGAUUCAUCUCAUCCUAUCAUGGAGAUAUUCCGAAGAUAAAGAAAGCUUGGAAGGAAGUAACGGAGAUUGUUGGUGCCUCUUGUGGGUAGACGUACAGUGCAUAGCUAGUACAGCUAGCUUGCUUUGCUAACGAAUGCCGGAUCGUGCACGCCCCCAUGCGAUAACUUUAACGGUCAGUACGCCAACAAGAGAGAAACUACGAGUGGAACGAGUGACGUGUCUCGUCCUAAUGUGAACAUAGGGUUACUCUAUGGUGAAGUCUUAACCUCUGUGCAGAGGCAAAUAGGAUUUUUCGUGCUAAAAUAUCUGGUACUUUCAUGCUGGCGUCCUGAAUGAGUGAAUUAAUGAAUGAUUGAAUUCAUCAGUCUAACCAAAAGCCCCUGGAUCAUCAGCAGCCCCAAAGCGUCACUGAUCCAACACCACCUUCUACUGAUUGUGCUCAAUGGCAGUAUAACACAUCGCAGAAUACACUAUAUAUUCCUUUUUCUGUUGCAUUUUUAAACUUGUGUUUUUUCAAAUUUUUCAUUUUUGCAAUACAUUUUUUCCUGUUUCUUGACGGGUGCCAGUAAUUCUGGAGGUAACUGACAGUACUGACUUUUCUCCUUUAAAAUGUUUCCGCCUCUCGGGGUCUCAGUGAUUCGAUGAAUUAUUUAAACACUGUUUAACAGGCUAACGUCACAGUUAUUACACAAUGGUCUGAAUGUUCUGUGCUGUUCCAGCGUAAUACUUCGCUGUUUUUUUUUUUUUUUUUUUUGUAGCAGCGUCUUGAUUAUUUCCUGUGACCUUUAACAAGACUAUAAAAUGAUGUCCCAUUUCCCGCUAGAAAGUCGUUUCAUGGGCGUUUCGUCCACAUUACUGGAUCAGCUAAUGUUAUAUUUUCGGCAUGAACCGUUUUACAGCAGGACGUCCAGUAUUAACAACGCUCAGAGCGAUUCAGUCAUGUCAGCGUCAUGUCGAUCAGCAGGAUUAAAAACGAGAAAAAAAAAGCUCCAGUUUGUACACUCUUAGAAAAUUCAGUACGAUUAAGGGUUUUCCGGUCGUCCUUCUUCGGUGUACUGUAGAACCAGGCCCGUGAGCAGAAUCAACAUUCUUAUUUCUACGUUGCAGAAAUGUGUCAUAGAUAAUAUAAUGUCAAUGCUGAAUGUGUACUAUGUUAUCCUUCUAGUGCAGUUACACUGUUUAAUAUGAAAUAUUACAAGGUAGAUGAUUUGUGAAUUAUGUUAACGUAUACCCUGCCAUCAAAACAAUAGCGCAGUGAUGAACUUGAUCAUAUUCGUAGAAUGUUAUUGAUGAGUAACCUUAAAUUAAACUAAACUUCAGAUUAAACGAAUAUUAAGUGUUUAUUUAUAGCAAGCUCAUUUGGCUAGUGAUGUUACACGUAUAAAUAAAUGACCGAACGAACGAAUUUAAGGUUUAAAUGUCAUGAACGGUCUAAUUUCUGUGACGAAUUUUGAAUCGAGUGUGCGAUGGAACUUGCGGAGUUUUUUUUUUUUUUUUUUUUUGUACCUUUUUUUUUUUUCCGCGGGAAAACUACCUGAAUUGGCGAAAUUGCAAUCGCACGGACUUUCGCAGUGAUGUCUGUUGGACAUCUGAAUGCGUGUUGUGACGACGUCAUGUGACGCGUCUUGGCCUGGCUCUGCGGUAAUUAAAAAAAAUCGCAAGCUCCUUUGCAUAUUGCGGAGCUGGCUUCAUUUUGCGUUCAUUUCUGCGAUCGCAAAAUCCUACCGGGACUGAAUGAUAAAUCCAAAUCUGCAGGCAAAACAAUCAGAUAAACAUAGGAAACCUGAAUCGAAAAAAAAAAUCCAGAUCCAGAGCGGACCGGGGAUCCGGAUCCCCAACCCGGUCUGGAUCCGGAUCCCCGGUCCACUCUGGAUCUGUAUUUUUUUUUCGAUCCAGAGCGGACUGAGGAUCUGGAUCCAGACAGGGCUGGGGAUCCGGUUCCAGAUGGGGCUGGGGAGCUGGAUCCAGAGUGGACUGGGGAUCCGGAUCUAGACGGGGCUGGGGAUCCAGAUCCAGACAGGGCUGGGGAUCAGGUUCCAGAUGGGGCUGGGGAUCCGGAUCCAGAUGGGGCUGGGGAUCCGGAUCCAGACAGGGCUGGGGAUCCGGAUCCAGAGCGGACUGGGCAUCCAGAUCCAGACGGGGCUGGGGAUCCGGAUCCAGAGUGGACUGAGGAUCUAGAUCCAGACAGGGCAGGGGAUCCGGUUCCAGACAGGGCUGGGGAUCCAGAUCCAGAGUGGACUGUGGAUCCAGAUUCAGACAGGGCUGGGGAUCCGGAUCCAGACGGGACUGGGGAUCUGGAUGCAGAGCGGACUGGGGAUCCGGAUCCAGACGGGACUGGGGAUCCGGAUCUAGAGUGAACUGGGGAGCGUUGGCCACUGUAUAAAUUCUCACAUUUAUAUGUUCUCGUGUUUAUAAAGUCCAACUCAAAUUUCUAUUAUAGCUAUGGCAGAUGUUAGCUAUAUUUUAAGAGAGCAAAUGGCCAAUUAGCUGUUCUAAGGUCAGUAGAGAUUCUAGAAUCAAUCAUCACUGAUGAUUAGGUCUCGGACCGCAUGUUUUUAAUCAUACUAGACAAAAAAAACCUGAAACCUGCGCAAACUACCAAGGUCCGGUCCUCGGUAACCUUUUCAGGACACUUAGAACCUUAUAACCCUUGAAGAACCCUUUAUUUUCUAAGAGUGUACCUGUUGUAUAAGUACCAAAGAGGUUGAAAACCCUACAUAAAAGCGUAAUCUCCAACAUUUUAAACGUCUUAGCCAUCGUAUGAGCCCGUAAUCUGUGUCAGAACUAUAUUGGCUGAUGAUAAUUUGAAAAAAAAAACAAAAAAAAAAAACAAGAAGAAGAAGAAAAAAAAGGAAAGGCUGCUACGUAUAUUUCGUAACCUAGAAUGCAAUCGCAUAAUCCAAAUUGGUCAGUUAAAACUUUAAUAAAUGGUAUUAAAAAAAGAAAAAAUAAAUACAAAAGCCUGCUCGUUGUGUUGUCCACUACUCGAGUGUGGCGUCCCAUACUAUACAAACAACACUGUGGUUUAGAUGUUCUUAGUGUAAUGCUAGAUGGACGUGUGAAAUCUUGCCAUCUUUGUCACAUACAGUAGAGAAUGUUCCUGGGAAUGUUCGUUGUUUCGUAGUGCAUCUAUCUAGCGUGCCCGAGUCCGUCCAUCAACUCUCCAGUGUGUCGUACGCCGUGAGCACUCCGCUCGUCGUGACCUGCUAACCCACGAUGUCUUAGUAAGAACUUUAUUUAUAUUUUUGUUGUUUUAUUUUCUGAUAUUUGUGUCAGUUUACUUUCCUCCUGACCCUUUGUGUGUGUGUGUGUGUGUGUGUGUGUGUGUGUGUGUGUGUGUGUGUGUGUGAGAGAGAGACUCACCGGGGAAACACUACUAACUAUUACCACUUAACGCUGUAAUGUCUUAACUAUCGCUCUCGUGGCUUCUGCAUGAUCCGAUGAAAUUAGUAGGACUGAUGUUACACUGCCCUUGAUAGAUCUUUAAAAAAAGAAAAAGAAAAAAAAAGAAGAAGAAGAAAUUUUACUUUUGGUCUUUUAUGGACUGUUAACAAGUUGCAUAGUGAGUAAAACUGUAACUAACCCACUGUAAUUUGUGGUUGUAAUAAUAAAUGCUCUAUGACAAGCUAAUAGCCUACACUUAAUGGAGAUUUGGUAGAUUUAUAUGGUGUUAUAUUGUGAUAGCAUGUACAUAAAAUACCUCCUCUGCAAUAAAUA